GGACGUUUUCUUUGAACAGAUCAUGGCUGAUACAAGUACUUUUAUAACGUGGCCGAGCAAGUUGAAAAUAGGUGCUAAAUCGAGAAAGGAUCCGCAUGUGAGAAUUGCUGGUAAAGAAGAAGAUGUACUUGCUGCUAAAGAACGAAUUAUGACUGCUUUGGAUACAAGAGUAAGAAUUUUUUUGUUAGUUAUUUUUCCGGUUUUGAAAUCAUUUUUUCUUUUUUGUAAGUCUAAUAGAGUAACGAUGAAAAUGGACGUGAGUUACGUUUGUCAUUCACACAUAAUAGGAAAAUGUGGAUUAAGCAUCAAACGAAUUAUGGAAGAGACCAAGUGCCACAUUCACUUUCCCGAUUCAAAUAGAACCAAUAAUCUCGAAAAAAGCAAUCAAGUAUCAAUCUCCGGCGAUAUCCAAGGGGCGGAAGUAGCAAGAAGUCGAGUUAGACAAAAAACUCCAAUUGUAUUUGGUUUCGAACUUCCUGUAAUGUCACCGGUAGUUGAUCAAAAUUGCGCCUAUUUCGUGAAAAUUCAAGAACAAUAUAACGUCCAAAUUAUGUUAAGAACCAGACCGAAACUUCACGCCACUUUGGUUUCUGUUAAAGGUUCAGAAUGGGAAGUGGAACAAGUUAAAAAAGCUACUAGUUUAUUAGUAGAGUAUUUAUGUAACGAUGUGGCUGAUCAAGUUCCGAUUGAAAUGUCAUUAGAAAUAUCUCCACGACUUCACACCGUUGUAUCUGGAACAAAUCAUUCUAAUAUAAAAGAUAUUAUGAGAGUAACCGGAACUAAAGUUUUUUUUCCGGAUGCUCAAGAUCCUAAUUUACCAUGCCUUAAGAAAAGUCAUGUUUAUAUCACCGGAAAUAUUCACGGUGUUUACUACGCCAGACAACUUUUAAUCGGUUCUUUACCGUUAGUAAUGAUGUUUGAUUUACCAACAUCUAUUUCUCUGCAGUCGAUUAGCCGCGAACAAGUCGUUUCAAUUCAAUCAAAAUACGACGUAACUAUUAAUAUACGAAAAAAAGCUACUUUGAAUGUUAUGAUGUGUAUUAUUGAAGGCGCGGAAAAAUAUGCGACAAAUAUUUACAAAGCAAGAAAUGCCAUAUUGGAUAUAGAUGAUCUUUGCGUCGUAGCUGACAUCCCAACGAAUUAUUAUUUACCAUCAGUUCCACCAACUUUACCACGCUUGCAAGUCACCGUACCACCAGAACCGAUCAUAUCUCAUGUUAGCCCAUCGUUACAUUCGCCGAUGUUUCAUCAUCCCAACGAACAAUGCCCACCGUAUAUGUUACAACAAUGGGCUAUGUGUAAUUCUUUACAUUCGAAUGCAAGUAGUGGGUAUCAAUCAACCGGUGUGGUUUCGCAAACAUCUCAAGAACAUAGCCCAGCUCAUAGUUCUUACUCCCCAAUGUCUAGUAUAACACCGCUAUCGACUCCGGUUUCAAGUUCGAGAAAUGGAUCUCCAAACUGUCACUCGUACAAUUUUCAAGAUCAAUCGGAAAAACCUGAUAUAUCGACCGUUUUCAACGAAUUGAAUAGUCCCGGGUUUCAUGGUCCUACUGUUGAUAAAUCUGCUCCUGGAUCAUCCUCGUGGACAAUGACUGACUACGAACAGAAGAGAAUUGCUGGACUUAAAGCCAUGCAACAACGACCAACAGGAUUACGUUAUCCAAAUAACUCUUGGUCUGGUUAUGGAAUAAGCCAUACAUCACCAGCUCCAGUUCCAUUAACCGGUGAAGACGUAUUAAAAACACCGACCUCAAACAAGACUUUCGAUUUUCGUUCUCCAGCAUUGGAACGUUUAUCCGCCGAUUUAAACACAAGUAAUUUUAUGGAUCAUACAUCUCCGAACAUGCUCAAUAGAUUAACGUCGACCGAUUGGACCGAUUUGACAACGUUAAUUACUUCCCUAAAGUUGGAAAAGUAUUUGCCGGUAUUCCAUUCGCACGAAAUCGAUUUGGCGACUUUCGCUUCGAUGAACGGCAAAGAACUUUUGGAGGUGGGUGUAACGGCUUUUGGCGCUCGUAGGAAAAUGCUCCUAGCUAUUGCCGAAUUAAGGAAACGGAUGAACGCGUUUUCUUUGGCUCCGGGAGCCGAAAGGAAGAGCAGCAGCUCGAAUCCUUGUAGUCCCCACGAAAAAUGGUAGUUAAAUUAAUAUCAUUAAUUUAAUUAAUGUACGAGAUGUUUAAAAGUAAGUAAUUUAAGUGUUCUUCUUUUUGU